GCUUUUCGUUUUAAAAAAAAAAAUCAACCACGCGUGUUUACAUAUUUAGAAACUCCGAUCUGCAACAGACUCGUACCAAAUUCAAUCCCCGUUCAAGAAUUAGGUGCUUCUCCUCUGCUUCCUUAGGAAGGGUUUAUCUGAGUUCAUUGUUCUUGUUCGUUUGGCGAAGGAUUUCAAGGGUGCAUUUGGUUGGUGAGGAGAAAAAAUAAGCGACAGAAAGAGGGGGAAAAAAAUGGGAGGGUGUUUCUCGGGAGAUUUGAGUGGAGGAAAACAAGCCAUUGGAGGGGUCCAACAGAGGCCCACAUCAAUGGCUAACGAUGCCGCACACAAUGACGCCAUCGAUUUCUUCUUCAGAUCCCGUGGUCAAUUCCCCCUCUUUUCCCAAAUCGAGUUGUCUUUGUCAGCGUCAAACUUGGUUGACCGGGAUAUUACGUCUAAGAGCGAUCCAAUGGCUGUUAUGUAUUUGAAGAAAAGGGAUGGCAAACUUGAGGAAAUUGGUCGUACUGAAGUCGUACUCAACAACUUGAAUCCUAACUGGAUUGAGAAGAUAACAAUCAAUUUCCAUUUUGAAACUGUCCAGACAUUAGUUUUUCAUGUGUAUGAUGUCGAUACCAGCUUUCACAAUGUCCCAGUGAAGACACUGAAGUUGAAGGACCAGGACUUCUUGGGAGAAGCUACCUGUGUUCUCUCCGAGAUUAUGACAAGACCAAACCAAACUGUAACAUUAAGUCUUAGUCGCAACCUUGGGCCAUGUGGGAGUAAAAAUCGGGGAACACUCGCUGUUCACGCUGAGGAAACUGUUGCCUCCAAAAGUGUUGUAGAGAUGGCUUUUCACUGUUGCAAAUUGGACAACAAGGACUUAUUCUCUAAGAGUGAUCCUUUCUUAAGGAUUUCUCGAGUCACCGAGGCUGGUGGUACUGUUCCAAUAUGUCGGACUGAGGUUGUGGACAACAACCUAAACCCAGUCUGGAAGCCCAUGCACUUGAGCACGCAGCAGUAUGGGAGCAAGGAAAACCCAUUGGUUAUUGAAUGCUUUGAUUUUAAUAGCAGUGGAAAUCAUGAGCUUAUUGGGAAAAUGCAGAAAUCUGUAGCUGAACUAGAAAAUCUCUAUCGAGAAAGACGCGGUGCUAACUUUAUCUAUCCAUCCAAUCAGAAUGGUGCUGAUAAGGUUCUGAAAGGUCAGCUCUUUGUGGAUCGAUUUGUGGAGAAAGUGCAAUACAGUUUUCUUGAUUACAUCUCCAGCGGUUUUGAGCUUAAUUUCAUGGUUGCAGUUGACUUCACUGCUUCAAACGGUGAUCCCCGAAGUCCAAGUUCUUUGCACUACAUUGAUCCUUCAGGCAGGUUGAAUUCAUAUCAGCAGGCUAUAGUGGACGUGGGAGAGGUUAUCCAGUUUUAUGACUCGGAUAGGCAGUUUCCUGCUUGGGGUUUUGGAGGAAGAACAUUCAAUGGUUCAGUCUCCCAUUGUUUUAACUUGAAUGGGACUCCCGACGGCUACGAGGUUGCGGGAGUUGACGGAAUCAUGGCAGCUUACUCUAGUGCUCUUCGCAACGUUUCUCUAGCGGGGCCAACUAUAUUCGGCCCAGUGGUGGAUAAGGCCGCUUGUAUUGCUUCACAAUCGCUCUCACAGAAAAGUCGCAAGUAUUUUGUUCUCCUCAUCAUAACGGAUGGAGUCCUUUCAGACAUGAGGGAGACUAUAGACGCAUUGGUGAGAGCUUCGGAUCUUCCCCUGUCGAUUCUUAUUGUUGGGGUCGGGAAUGCAGAUUUCAAACAGAUGGAGUUUCUUGACGCGGAUAAUGGUCGCCGGUUAGAGAGUUCUACUGGUCGGAUAGCUACAAGGGACAUCGUUCAGUUUGUUCCCAUGAGAGAAGUUCACAGUGGACAAAUCUCGGUGGUGCAAUCACUUCUUGAAGAACUUCCGGGUCAGUUCCUGACUUAUGUCCGAACCCGAAAUAUCAAUCCGGUCGGUGCUCCGGCGAGUUGAAGUCACGUUACAUUCUCUUUUUAAUUUUUUUUUUUAAAAACUUUUUUAGUUAAGCUCAAAAUGGAAAAAUGAUGUUAGGGUUCGUUAGAUUUUUAGGGGCGUUUUUAAAAAAAAAAAAACAAUUUCUGUAUAUAGAAGUUAUUUUCGUCAUGCUACCAUGGAUAACCGUCACCGUUUUUUAAUGACUCGUACCUCUAAUCUUUGGUAGGAUAUCAGAAAAAUCGUACCGUACCUUAAAAGAUUCGAUAUUUUCGAUUAUUUAUGUCCAUCCCUAUCAGCAACUAUAUCAGUAAAUUCAUAAACUGUCUUUUUUUUCAUCCUCGAAUAUAUUACCAAUGACCAGAAUCUUAAAAUUUGAAAUUUCUAAUGCAUUGUAGAAAAAAAUACAGAAUCAUAAGAGUUUCACAUUAGCAUAAACAUCGAAAAUGCUAAUGCAGAAACAAAGUCGAUGGAUGUAUCCAUGUUAUCUCCAAGUUACCAGAUGAGAACACUGUUAGUGCAAUUAUUUGCAUAUGUGUUGUUUGGUUGUUAAGUGGUUAUUGCAGGUUCAACAGACUUGAGAGAUUUCAGGAGAGAUUUCAGGAGAAGAAUCCGGCGAGAUAGAACUCACGCAAAUCUGAGGUACAACUGACGAGUUUGAGAUAAAGUCAAAGACUAAGAGAUUGAGAUGGACUCAAUGUCAACCACUUGGAGAGAUUUUAGGAAAAGCAAUCUGAAGAGAUAGAGCUACGAAGUUAAGCCACGAAGUUUGGAAUUGACUUGAAGAGAUAAAGAUAGAAUCAAAGCCAAGAAGAUUUGAGGAGAUUUGAGAUAAAGAUAAGAUCUUGGAGAUAAGGUCAAAGGCUGAAGAGAUAGAGUCAAACAAGAGAUAAAGAUGAGAUCUUGAAGAUAAAG